AUGACCUUCUUCAUCCGCGGCUAUCAAGGCUUCACACGCAAGCUUUUGAACAUCGCGGACGAGAAGGGAGCUUUGACUACUACUUCAUGGUUGGAGGGUCCGUAUGGGACAACUUUGCGAGGUGUUGAAGGCGGGUAUGACAAAGCCACCUUGAUCGUGGGAGGCUCUGGUAUCACACUGUGUUUGUCAUGGCUUGCGUAUUUGCCUAGCCGGAUGUCCUCAGCCACCUCUCAACUGGCGUCGAUCGAGGUACUCUGGAUUGUGCGAAGGAAGGAACACGUGCAGUGGGUGCACGAAGAUUUGCGACGCGCGAAGCAGGCGGCUUCCGACACCAUCAGAAUUAACUUGUUCGUCACUCAAGAGAGCGAAAGCUCAGAACCCGCACUGAAGCAGGAAGAAAACUGGAGUUCAAGCUCAGAGCCCAUCGAUAGCUGCAUUGCAGAAAGACCCUACGUACCGAAGCUACUACCGGAAUUCCUGAGCAAAGGAAGCAAUCUCGUCAUUAAGAACUUCAUUCGAGCCGUGAUUUCGUAG